GGAAUAUGCCCUUUAAAAUUGCUCCAUUGACCAAUAAUACUUUCGCAAUACUUGGUAAAAAUAAUAAUUACAUUGAAAUAAAAAUUUCUUCUCCAGAUGAAAUUUUGAAUGAUUAUAAUGGAAAUGCAUUAAAUGAAUUCCUGCUCUUUCAAAUUGAUUUAAAUAAAGAAUUUGAAAAAAGAGCUCCAUCUGACGAUUUCAAAAAUAUCUCUGUUAUUUGGAAGAAAGUUCCAGAAUCUAUUAUAAAAAAGUAUAAGCUUCUUUUGGAAGAACUGGAACAAAAAAAAAAAACUUCUGGACUUGAGUGA